AUGGUCCCAAAUGGACUUAGGAACUGCAUAAACCUUCGGUCCUGUAGGUGGACGCGCGAUGGCACAAUCUCCGACGAGAUACUUCACAUUUUGCGACGCCAGCAACUCAAGGAUCUGGAAAUCAACGCCAACCCAAAGGGCUAUUUUACUCCUUCGACUUUGCUAGGCUUCAAAAACCUGGAAAGGCUCACAUUGAUUAUGCCGGAUAGUCAAAUUAUCCGUCUGCUACCCAGGUGGUGCUCAUUUACCGGCCAUUCGUUGCGAACAUUGUCUAUUAUAUGCAAGAGUGACAGUCUAAUUACAGAUGAACUUUUGCGAGAGAUGGCCAAUCAUCUCGUGUCUUUAAAAGGGAUAUUUCUCACAAACUGUUCCAACUUUACGCACGAAGCCAUAACAUUCGUCCUCCAACACUGCGCUGGGAUCGAGGCGCUCUCCUUAGAAGGCGUGUCACAGAGGUUUAAUUGGCUUCACUUUGCUACCGAAGUCAAUAAGCAUGGUCUGUUCAGAAGCCUCAAGCGUUUGACCAUGACCUGCCCUCCGGGCUUUUCUGUGUGGGGCCAACAGAAAAUAGAGAAACUGCUUCACGACGCUCCUUUGGAAGAGUUUAAUCUCUACAGUAACACCGAGCCCCGAGCCAACACUCAGCAGGAGUCCGACCCUUGCCUCUCAGUGGCAAUGGCUCUCAUCAGUUGUCACGCACGUUCUCUGCAGGCUCUUGGAAUACUCCGGAUACCCGUCGACGAUUAUACUCUGGAAGUGAUAUGCCAGGGGCUUCCACGGUUACGAAAGUUAUUCUUUACAAGAAUAUACUCCGCAGAUAUCUGGACUAAUCCACAACUAUACUCUCUGUCUAGCCUUCGACGGUUGGAGUACUUCCACAUCAGUACCAUUGGCAGCUCGGUUGCAUCCCCAGUCCUCCCUACCAACGAGAUCAUCCUUUCUCUUGUCGCUGAAUGUUCUCCAAAUCUACGGCAAUGCGGCUUUGGUACCAAAGUUUGGUCGGUGAUCCGGGAGUUUACACGACUUCCCAAUGGUCAAUGGGCUCGGUCUGUUUCACUUGGACCUUACGACAAGAUGGAAGUUCCGGAACAUUUUCUGGUUGUCGAAGCUGCUUCUGCGAAGAGCAAUCGUAUUGUACAACUAGUGGAAAAAAGAGUCAAGUUGCAUCAACAACUGGUUGCUCAGUUAGAAACCCCUAAUGAUGCCGAGUAUUCUGAGCAUGUGAAUCGCAUUGACAAAAUCAAAGCCUCGAAAACAAUCAAGGAACUCGAGCCGCUGGUUGCCGCCUGGAAGACGUAUACGGAAAAUAUGGAGUCCAUCAAGGGAGCCAUACAGCUCAUGGAAGAUCCUGACGAAGUAUUACGUUCGAUGGCUGAAGAAGAGCUCGCUGCAUCACAGAGCUCAGUCGAUUCACUCAUCCAGGAGGUCUUUCCAAAGCUCUUGAUCCCCAAGUCGCAAACUGCAGAGAAUGGAGCUGUAGUGGAGAUCAAAGCUGGAGCUGGAGGGGAAGAAGCAGGACUCUUUGCUGCAGACCUCUUCAGGAUGUACACACGCUAUGUCGACGCGUGGGGAGCAGACAUAUCCGCACGUGGUGCCGAAGAAGGUGGUCGUGGACUUGGGCGUGGAUGGAAGACGAAUGUCUUAUCACAGUCCAUUAGUGCGAGUAUGAGCGGCAAGGAUGCAUUCAAGGAGGUUGUUUUUGAGGUCGAGGGGCGGGGAGCAUACGAUUCGCUUCGAUGGGAAAACGGCGUGCAUAGAGUACAGCGAGUUCCGGCUACAGAAACGAGCGGGAGGAUGCACACCAGCGCCGCUGCCGUUGUGGUCCUUCCUCUGAUGGAGGAAAAGCCCGCCGAAACCAGCGCUGCAACGUUCUUUGUCGAUGAAAAGGACGUCAAGGUGGAGGUGAUGCGCGCAAGAGGGGCUGGUGGCCAGCAUGUCAACAAGACCGAGUCGGCCGUAAGACUUACACAUAUUCCAACCGGAAUCACUGUGUCCAUGCAAGAUAGUCGGAGUCAGCACGCGAAUAAAGCGUAUGCGUGGAAGAUUCUACGAUCGCGAUUGUUUGAUCUCAAACUUCGUCAAGAGGCAGAAGAGAACCGCAAAACCAGGCGUACGCUCGUAAAAGGAAUGGACCGUAGUGACAAGAUUCGAACAUACAACUACGUACAGGACCGAAUCACCGAUCACCGCUCGGGCUUCACCAUUAUGAAUCUUGAGAGCGUGAUGGACGGAGAGGGUUUGGAGCGUGUUAUCGAAUCUUGCAGAAAGAUGCACGAGGAGGAAAUCAUAUCAACAUUAUUGGAAGAGUAA